GCGUGGCUUGUUCUGGUGCACAAGUGGAAGAGGAGGCGACUGCGCCGAGUUAAAGGCCGCUCGAUAAGCUGUAUCAGCAUCAUCAUGCCAAGUCCUAGGAACAGUCCAAAGAGCAUACGUGAGAGACGGGCUUAUGACAGUAGGCUAGAGUUCUUGUCAUUGACAAAUCAGAGGCCCAAUAUCCCAGAAAAUGCGUCUCAUCAUAAAGACUCUCCUACUAGUACUGGCACUCAACAGGCUUUACCUGAAGAGGACUGUAUGAAGCUCAACCCUUCUUUCUGGAGUAUUGCCCUGCAUUCUCUUUUGGCUGUUGAUUUGUGGGCUUCUAUACUGGGUGUAGGUGCUGGAGAGAAUUCCCCAUGGGGCAGUGUCCGUCCUCUCAUGAUGGUCAUAGAGGUGUCAGGACGAAUUCCUUGGCUAACUGGUACACUGUAUGGGCUUUACAGAAGUGGCAGCUCAGCAGGUCGUGAGGUGCUGCUCAAUCUACUCUUUGCUCUGAUUCUUGAUCUAGUUUUGGUGGCAGCAGUAAAAGGACUGGUGAAACGAAGACGCCCAGUCCACAACAAGAUGGAUAUGUUUGCCACUCUCUCUGUGGAUAAAUAUUCCUUUCCUUCAGGCCAUGCAACCAGAGCCGCCAUGGUGUGCAGAUUUAUACUACAUCAUCUUGUACUUGCAAUCCCUCUGAGAGUGCUGGUUAUACUUUGGACCUUCAUAGUGGGAAUCUCUAGGGUGAUUCUCGGCAGACAUAAUGUAACAGAUGUGGUCUUUGGGCUAAGCAUGGGCUACAUGCAAUAUAAUUUGGUGGAAUAUUUCUGGUUGUCACCUGUAAAUGCUCCUGUCCUCUUUGUCUUGUGGAACUGAUGGUUCUUGAGGGAAGAGGAACAUUUGUCUUAGUGUAAACAUUUGUGAUACUUCAUCUGAUCAUCAAAAUUAAAUGAAUAGAGCCAAGAUUUUCACAAUAUGUGCGAUCUAACAUAAAGUUUGCUCUGGAAGGCUUAAUUCAGAAAAAUAAAGGCUUGCCAGGCAGCAGACUCUCUUGCAUGAUUUUAUGCAGUAUUGAGGACAUUGAUACAUAAAAUGUAUUUAAAAAAUGGACCAAUAAAUGUAAGUUGGAGCAUGCCAUUUAGGCGGAUUAUUUAUUGUCGAAUCUUCUCACUUAUGCUACACGUUGUUUAAUCGUGAUUUGUGGGUUUAUUCCUUGGCUGGACUAUGAAUCAACACAUAAAAACAACACAAACCUAUACUUUGGGAUGACAGAACAUUGAAACUGCUUUUGAACAGAUCAGCCACUCGUGUCCCCUUAUUUUUACAGGAUUUGUGAUUAGGCUAGAAAUAAUUGUGCGAAUUAGUAAAAUGAGUCUGCUUGUAGCACAAUAAGACACAAAAAUAAUGACAUAAAAUUAUAAACGCUAUUGUCAAACUGAUUCCAUAAAUGGUAUGUAUUCCAAUUAGCACUGAUAGUUUUUGAUAUUCAAAUAAUAGCAUUUGUUGUAAUUUUAGCUAUUCUGACAUAUAAGUUGAUUAGUUCUUUUCUGCAGAGUUUAAAAUUUGCUUUAUAAAUCAUAUCAAUUUUGUAAUAUAUAGUCAUGUGAAAAGA